AGUCUCGCCGAACCCUAGCAGCCCUUUCCUUCGGCUGUAAGUUCAAGAAAGCAUGCUACCUGACGACGAUAAAACCGUGAGAAGGUGGCAGAGACAGCCUGAUCCCGACGCCUAUGCUCGCCUGAUGACGGACCAGAAUAACAAGCGCCGGCGUGAACAGGGAGGCAGGCUGGAGGACCGCCUCACUUCCCUCCACGACGACCUCCUUAUCUUCAUCCUCUCCUUCCUCUCCAUCAAGCAACGCGUCGCCCUCUCCGCUGUCUGCGCCCGCUUCCACCUCCUCCAACCCUCCAUCCCCCGACUCGACGCCUUCCGCCUCGAAGUCCGGUUUCCCUCCGACAGCGUCGACGUCCACAAAGAUCUCACCAUCCCCCGUGCUCUGAUUCGCCAAUUCCACCUCGUCUUCCACUUCGUCGCCGAUUUACUCAUACCCCACGAAAAUCAGCUCGUCGACGCCCUCGUCGACACGGGCGUGCAAAACCUCACCCUUGAAGCCUCUGGCAACGGAUUUUUGUAUCUCAGCGACAGGGAAAACUACUGCAUCUUCAACAUCAAGUCUAAAAUAUGUAAGACCAACGCUCUACCACAAACCAACAAUAAUAUGUGGGAGCUCCGCUUUACCACAAACGAUCCAUAAGUGUCCAAGGCACCUAACUAUCCAACUAGAGGUUG